AAAUAAUUAAUACGGAAAAAAAGAAAAAAAAAAAAGGGUGGGAGCCUACUGUUUACAGAGAAGCGUCAAUCAAGAACGAUCAGCGUUGAGCGACAGCGCAUCUUUUAGAGACUCUCUCUCUUCCUCUUCGUUUGAUCGAUUCUUUCGUCUGUCGUUCUCUAAGAGAGAGAGAGAAAAGUCAAGAGAAGAAAAGAAAAGAAAAUCAAGGGCCAAGCAACACGUGAUUAAUUAAAAAAAAAGGGACAGGAAAUUGAAAAUCGAAUAGAGAAAGAAGGAGGCGGAGAUUUUUUUUUUUUUUGGGGUUGAGCGAUCUGAGCGGUUAGAGGGUACAAAUGGGGACUCUUCAAACAUGGAGAAAAGCGUAUGGCGCUCUUAAAGAUACAACCAAAGUCGGUCUCGCUCAUGUCAACAGUGAUUACGCGGAUUUGGAUGUGGCUAUAGUUAAAGCUACCAACCAUGUUGAGUGUCCUCCCAAAGAAAGGCAUCUUCGAAAAAUCUUCAUGGCCACAUCAGCCAUUCGGCCUCGAGCAGAUGUUGCUUAUUGCAUUCAUGCGCUUGCCCGGCGAUUGGCCAAGACUCAUAAUUGGACGGUUGCCUUGAAAACACUCAUAGUUAUCCAUAGGGCAUUGAGGGAGGGUGAUCCUACUUUCAGAGAAGAACUUUUAAACUUCUCACAAAGAGCACGUAUUCUUCAACUUUCUAAUUUCAAAGAUGAUUCUAGCCCUAUUGCAUGGGAUUGCUCUGCCUGGGUACGUACAUAUGCAUUGUUUUUGGAAGAAAGACUCGAAUGCUUUAGGAUUCUGAAGUAUGACAUUGAAGCUGAGCGUCUGCCAAGACCUGCCCAGGGGCAGGAUAAGGGUUACAGCAGAACCAGGGAGUUGGACAGUGAAGAAUUGUUGGAGCAAUUGCCUGCUCUGCAGCAAUUGCUCUAUCGUCUUAUUGGUUGCCGGCCAGAAGGUGCUGCUAUAGGCAACUAUGUUAUACAGUAUGCUUUGGCUCUGGUAUUGAAGGAGAGCUUCAAAAUAUAUUGUGCUAUUAAUGAUGGAAUUAUCAAUCUUGUCGACAAGUUUUUUGAGAUGCCAAGGCAUGAAGCUGUCACGGCACUUGAUGUAUACAAGCGAGCUGGUCAGCAGGCUAAUAGCCUUUCUGAUUUCUAUGAUGUUUGCAAAGGAUUGGAACUUGCUAGGAACUUCCAGUUUCCUGUUCUCAGGGAGCCACCACAAUCCUUUCUCACUACCAUGGAAGAGUACAUCAGAGAGGCACCACGUGUGGUUUCUGUUCCAACGGAACCAUUGCUUCAAUUAACAUACAGACCUGAGGAAGGUCCCUCUGAAGAUACUAAAUUAUCCAAUGAUGAACCUGAGCCAUCUGCUCUUGCUGAUGAUAUUGCUGUUUCUGGUGUUGAGACUGUUCCGGUUCCCCCUCCUCUACCUCAGAACAAUGCGGAUGGUGGAGACUUACUGGACUUGAGUUAUUCUGCCCCUGAUGCCUUGGCAAUUGAGGAAAGUAAUGCUUUAGCUCUAGCCAUAGUUCCUACUGAACCUGGUACUGGUCCAACAUUUAAUUCUACAACUGGUCAACCAAAAGAUUUUGAUCCUACUGGAUGGGAACUUGCCCUUGUCACCACACCAAGUAGCGAUAUUUCUGCAGUUAAUGAUAGGCAAUUGGCUGGUGGGUUGGACUCGCUCACUCUCAACAGCUUGUAUGAUGAAGCAGCAUAUAGAGCUUCUCAGCAGCCUGUAUAUGGAGCUCCAGCUCCAAAUCCGUUUGAGGUACAAGACCCAUUUGCCAUGUCAAAUAACAUUGCUCCCGCUAGAGCAGUUCAAAUGGCAGCAAUGGCUCAACCGCAAAGCAAUCCCUUUGGUCCAUACCAACCUACCUAUCAGCAGCCACUGCAGCAGCAACAUAUGAUGAUGAGCCCAUCAAAUCCAUUUGGUGAUGCAGGGUUUGGGGCAUUUCCAGUGAACCAAAUGCCCCCUGUUGCUCAGCCACAUGCUAAUAAUCCAUUUGGAAGCACAGGCCUUUUGUAAUGUUAAAUGUGAAGAGUGAGAUUGGUGUAUUUUGGUUGGUGCAGUUGGUUUGGGCAUCUUUUGGAGAGAAGAGUGUGUACCCACAAGAUGAAUGGCUUUCAGCAUGUGUUGUACAAGUCAGCGAGUGAAUAGUUAAAAUGUUGUAAUAACUAGUUGAUACAAUCCAGCAUACUACAAGGUUAUUUGAAUGUCUUCCAACUCUGCCCUCUUUUAAGUUGUUAUUUUUUAUUUUUUUAUUUUUUUGUGACCGACGGUAAAAGGAGGAAAGUUUUGGAAGAGAAAAAAGGGAGAAGUGGAGAAUAUGUAUAUGUAUCUGAAACUGAAUAGCUGCUUCUAGUUUCAUUUAGCUAGGAAAGUAAAGAUUGUAGGGUUUAGAUUUCUCAAGGUUGAGAUUCAAGUGUUGCUAAACUUGGAGGUAUAAUCUCACUCUUCCUUGGCAUUGUGCCCUGUGGCCAUGCAAGGAUGGGGAUUCAUUUGAAUACAGUUGCCAUUCUCCAUUCUC